AAUCAAGCUCAUGCCCAUAUACACAGAGAGGAAGGUUGUUGUGUUCCCAAUAUCCGUAUGUGUUCUGAGCAGCUACUAGCUAAGCAUACAAAGCAUGACAUUGCUCAUUUUGGAUAAAUGCUUCAAGAGGAGACACCGAGUCGUUAUAUAAUUUAUUUGACCAUCCAAGAUAUGCCAUCCCGAAAGGCAUUGCUGUGCAGCUAGCUAGCUAGAAGGUCCAUGUACUGAGCUCGUGAACAUUGUCCAAAUCUCGGCUGUUGUUUCCUUACCCGUCUAGUCUGUUUUUGUUGAGGCUGGAUUUUGAUUUAUUAAUUAGUUAGCUAACAUCAUUAAGUUCAAGCUCGAGCCCAGCCAGAAGAGGAUGAACUGGCUUUUCCCCUCAUCCAAAGGUUCAGGACCUCUCCCACCUCUCAAUAGCUUGCAACAACAAAGACAAAGGCAGAUCGAGUCACUCAAAACUGCCCACUCCAGCUUGGCAGAGAUUCAGAAAGAUGUGGAAUACAGAAUACCUUUCACGGUCAACAACUCCACCAUCAACGUCAACAUUUUGCUUCCACCACAGUUUCCCCAGGAGAAACCAGUAGUCAGCGUUUAUCCUCCUGUUGGACAUCAUCUAGUAGACAGCAACAAUGGCACGAAUGUCACCAGUCCCCUCAUUGCGAAUUUUGGAAUGCAUUCUGAUCUGGGGAAGGUCAUCCACAGUCUCCUGGAUGAGUUCCGGAAGAGUCCGCCGGUUCUGACUGGUGCCACUGGCUUCCCAUAUAACAUGUCCAAGCCGCCGUGGCUGCCUCCCUACCCAACACAGGGCUUCCAUUACAGUCCUCUCCCCCCGGGCCCCACUCUGGGCCCCAUGCCCCACCCCGUGUUAGAGGCUCCUCACGCCCAUGGCUCCACCCGGGCAGCAGCUCCUGCCUAUGGCCUCAUCACCGACCUACCUGUCCCCGUCCCAGCCGCCGACUUGCAGGCUGGGCUGAACGGACACAUGUACAAGAUGCCUGAGAUUCCCGACACCUUCCCUGAACUGUCUGAAAUGAGUGUGUCCCAGCUGAAGGACCUGAGCGAGCAGGAGGACGUGCUGCUGGAGUUCUUCGCGUGCCUGCCGCAGCUCAAACGGGUCACCGCUGAUAAGGAGGAGCUGGUCAAUAGCAUUGUGAACAUGGCGAAGAAGAACCUUCAGCUGGAGCCUCAGCUGGAAGGCAAGAGACAAGAGAUGCUGUUUAAGUAUGAGCAGCUCACCCAGAAUAAAUCGGCCUUCGAGACGAAGAUGCAGAGACAGCACGAGCUGAGCGAGCCAGCCCGUUGUGUCCUCCUCCAGAGCUGCAGUCUGAGUGCCCUGCAGGCUCGUCUGAAGGUGGCGGCCCACCAGGCCGAGGAGGAGUCGGAGGAGAUGGCCGAGAGCUUCCUGGAGGGCAAGUCGGAGAUCGACGACUUCCUGGCCAACUUCAUGGAGAAGAGAACGCUUUGCCACAGCAGAAGGGCCAAAGAGGAAAAGUUGCAGCAGUCCAUCAACAUGCACGGACAGUUCCCCAGCAGCCACUGAGCCUCACUCCCUUCCUGCCCCCCCCAUCUAUAAAAGGUAUGGAGUUUCAUCUACCAGCAAAAAUACCCUAAAGAGACAAGAAGCACAGCUUGGUGUUGUUAAACUCAAAGAAGCAGUCAGUAUUGUGGCAGAAAUUGUAAAGCUGAACUAGGCAGCCUUUCGAACUAAUGUCAUUCUACAGUUUCCAGUGAUGAUGAUGAUGAUGUAGGACAGGCCUCAUAUCUACUUGAAUUUGGUUGACCACAAUUCUAACGCUGCCGAAAAAUCCCUCAAUGACAACUGAUACUGUAUUUAAAUAAUGUUAAUAAUAGACUUUAUUAUAAUCAAAGACACCUUGUACUAUAUGUUAUUUAAUUUGUUUAGGUUAAUAAACAAUUUAGAAUAAG